AUGCGUAGUAUUCGACUGUACGGCGGUCUCUCCCUUAACGAUUGUCUGUUGCAGGGACCGGACUGGGCCACUCCCUUGAUUGAUGUGUUCAACCGAUUCCGGCUAGGAGCAGUUGCAGUGGCAGCCGUCAUACAAGAAAUGUUGCUUCAAAUUAAGAUACCAGAGGAUCAGCGCGACGCCCUGCAAUUGUUAUGGUGGCCCGAUGGUGACUUUCAGAACCUGGCGGUAAUCUAUAGACUGACCGUUCAUCCAUUCGGAGCGGCUUCCUCGCCCUUCUGCACAAACUUCGUGAUUCGGCGGAGAGCUUCGCAAUACGGAGACAACUUACCGGCCUCAAUGUCAGCUAGCGUUGCGAAUAAUUUCUAA